AGCCUGUUGGCUUCACUCAGCUCGCUGAGCUUGAGCGCCGCUCGUCCGAGGUGUACGAAGAGUCGAUUGCGAUGCUGGCGAUCGUGAACUGACAAAUGCAGCGGCAAUCCCACGAUGCCAAUUCCUCACACCCGCCGUUAAGCCCACCGCCGUACGAUGCUUCUCCUCGACUCCCGCACAUCAGAACUGGCUCGCGCCUAAAGCGGGAGAAUCUCGCAAGUCGCGAAAGGGUCGCUGCCGAGUGCCCACCGGUGGCUCCAUGCGCGGAACCACCGUUGUCUGGGGCGAGUACGGCCUGCGUAUGCGCGACCACGACCGCCGAAUCUCUGCACAUCAACUCAAAAUCGCCGAAGACACGAUCCGCAAGAGGCUCAGGGGUAUGAAGUUCCGCAUGUACAUGCGUAUUGCGGCCAACAUUGGUGUGUACACGUCCGGAAACGACGUGCGUAUGGGAAAGGGAAAGGGUAGCUUCGACAGGUGGACCGCGAGGGUCGCCGUGUCAAAGAUCAUAUUUGAGAUCAAGGGCGACCUGCACGAGCAGGUUGUCAGGGAUGCUUUCAGGCUGGCAGGCAAUAAGCUGCCUGGACUGUACGAAUUCGUCAAGAAGGGCGAUGCGCCGGUCAUGGGCAUUACCAAGCUCGCGAACGGUAUCACAGAGGAGGACCUCAAGAGGCCGAGGAAGCUGUUGCCUCUCGAGCAGCAGGCGGCGAGGAUCCCGGCUGCGGCAAACCAGCCCUCGGCGCCUUUGUAAAGAGGUGUAUCACGCCAUGUGCUAUGUACGUUUGUAAUUAUACCAUCCUGAGCAUCGAAGCUGGACGUCAAAUUCAUAACCUAUCAACAAGCCGCAUGACACUACAGCACUCAACUUCAGAUCAUUACCGCAUUCAACUUCAAAUUAUUACAGUAUUCAAAGUCAGAUCGUUACAGCAUUUAACUUCAGAUCAUUGUCAUCGUAAGUAUCUGUGUUGCAUCAGAGCUGAUGGAGUGCAGGCACGAGAGUCACUCUUGCACUGCUCAAUAUAAGUUUGGAGAUGCGCCGCUCAUGUAAGGAGCAGUGCGACGCUUCUCUCUGGUCGACCUAUUACGCCGCGCCAAGCGUGGAACCUUCAUAACGAAAAUAG